GGUUAAAGAGAGAGAGAGACAGAGAGAGAAACCAAAACUCGCGUCGCGUCUCACGAUUUCAAAUCUGAAUCGCAGACCGCGCCAGAAUCGUCCAAAAUUCAUUUCCUAUCAAUUCUAUAUCGUAAUCUAUCGUAAGACUUUGAUAAAAUCGAUGCAAGUUUUCAGAAAUUUCCCACGUUUACGUCUUUCUCGCUACGCAAUCUAAAGUCACAUCAAUCAAGAUUCCUAACCUCUCGCGCUAGCCGGAGAUAAUAUAAAUUUGGGAUUUUCUUGUUUACAGAACAAGAUGGCGAGCGAGGAAAUGAUCGAAGCGAAUAAAAAACCACAGCCCGUAUUUAAGAACCGUUCGUUUCAACAGAAAUUUCGACAGACUAGCACCAGUGGAAAGAAACGUACUUGGCGAUCGUUGAAACAAGUUUUGGCUCAGGAGCGUUCGUUACCAUGGCCAGCGACAGUAAAACAUUAUAGUUCCAUCAAUGCACCGCCAAGUUUCAAACCUGCAAAAAAAUACUCCGAUAUCUCUGGAUUACCGGUGAGUAGCGAGUAUAGAAAUGACUGCUGUGACAUUAAUCAACUAGCCAACUGUAUAGCCUUUACGCUUUCCCGCAUCACUGUGGCAGCAGAAUCCACCGAGAUCUGUGUGAACGCGAUAAACUGCCGAUUUAAAUCAAUUGCAUUUCGUUUGUAGGCACGAUAUACGGAUCCGCAAACUAAACUAUAUUACGCCACCGCCGAAGAAUUUGGAACGGUUCGCAGUUUGCCCAUGGACAUAACGGCCGGAUAUUUAGCUUUACGUGGAGCGUCCAGUAUCGUUGGUUAAAAAUCUGAUGACGAGGACAUCGUGAUCCCUACGUAAUCUGGCCACACGAUUAUCAUCCACUCAGGAUUGAUACAAAUUUCCAACUUGUAUUUUAAAUGUACAAAUUUUUAUACAUUUCGCAUUCUUGCUUCGAAUACAUUCGAGUUUUACUUUUAGAGAACCAAGAUACUCCGACAGGAAUGGAGAAUAAAAUGGAACGAUUCAAUCGAGAGAAAAAAAAA